AUGUAUAACGCGGCUGCUUUUGAUGAUGAUGAUAAUGAUUAUGGAUUAGACUUGUUUUUGAUCGCAGGUGCUCCGUUGAAACAGAAAACUGUCAAGGCCCAUCCAAUCGACACAGUAGGCGCCGGAGACCCUCCUGACGUUUACAAGCUGCAGCUUCGCUUCGAGGACGAAACACGCAGCUCUCGCGGCCCCCAGGCAAACCUGGAUACAAACACGGCGGUCAAUGAUGGAGGUCAGCAGUGGCUGGAAUAG